AUUGCUUGGCGAAUCGUAUAGAAAGUCUGCAGAUUUUCAUUACAUGAAUUGUUAAAUGUUGUGACGGUUUGUUGAGUGAAUGGACCUAAUUUUGUGAAGUUAAAUUUCAAAGAAGAAAUUCUAUCUUCGUGUUGUUUAAAACAAAAAGCAGUAAACCAGGUAAAUGACGCGUGGAAUCUACUGACAGAUGUUUCAGCGUGUACAGUACACGUAGAGGCAACAACACUAUUGGAAUUGCAAUGGAUACAGAAAGCAUCUUAUUUGUAAAACAACGAAAAUUGAACGGAUAGCUCGCGGACGUUGAAUGUUCGUAUAAAUACGUGAACUGCCGUUAACACCUGAUUGAAGUAAUAUGCUUCAGGAUAUUGUGAUAAUAUCUUAAUGUAUAAAAGAAAAGGACAUUGGAUUUUGGUCCACAUUGGUGGACAGUUUGUCGCAUGAUUGGUUUGUUUGUUUAUCUACAGGACAAAACGGCAAAUAUAAUUAAUUUUUUGACCGUAAGAGUGUGCGGAAUUUAUUUGUUUUACACUGUUAAAUCUCUCUAGUGGAGGGUUAAACAGUGGAUGAGGGAAAUAUACAAUUAUUCUGAUUUUUGUUUUCCUUUCAUAAAUCGAAUGGUAAGAUUAAAGAGGAGUUUUAAACGAACGAGUUGGGGAAAAAAACAGUCACAAAUCUUUAUUAUUAUAAAAAAAAAUAAAACUGGCAUCAGUUGUCAAGUGCGGUUUAAAGAAUUUACGUGGAAUAUAAAAAGCUGAAGGAGAAUUUAGUUUAUUGCGAGUUUUAAUCAUCUUGGGAAUUUGACAUAAUUAUUAAUCUGAUAAAGUUGGACGUAAUAAAUGUGAUGUUAGAGGCAAAUAUAGCAAUGAUGGUAUCAUUUCUGUAAAAUAAUUACAAAUAAAAGAAUAUAUUUAUAGAACAUUUCGUGACAAUUGAUAGAGAUCAAAGAGAAUGUCAAAGUGUUUUUAGAUUAUUAUUCUAAAUUUAUAGUGGAUGCUGAUAACACACACGUGUAUAUUAAUUACGUCACAAAAACUUUACGUCGACAUUUUCAAAGGAAAUAGUAAUAAGAGACGCUCGUGACGUAACUAGUUGUAAUGGAGGCGGAAGUGGUAUACAUAUGUUCAAGUCAGCUCGGCAUCAGUCUGUUGAUAUGAUGCACGUGCGAUUUAUGGUCAUGGAAAACAUGACAGGAGAAACGGUACCUUCUUACGUCACUCAAAAUAUCUCGCUUAUUGAGUCACAUAUUGAAAAUGAGACGGAAAACAUAAUUCAAAUAUCAAGUGUUAAGAAAAAUAAUAGUGUUAUUAGUUCAAGUGUUUUAUUUACGUUUGGUUUCCUGAGCAACACUUUAGCGCUAAUCGUUCUAAAACGAUCACCUUCCGACCAAAAGAGAAAGUUGUUUUACAGACUGGUUGCCGGUUUAACUUUAACGGACUUGGUAGGCACUACUGCAACCAGUCCAGUUGUGAUAGCUGUUUACGUGAAUGAUUUCCGGUGGAUAGGAGGUGCGGCGAUGUGUAAAUAUUUCGGUUUUAUGAUGGUAUUUUCCGGCGUAGCUACAACAACAAUCGUGUGUAUUAUGGCUAUAGAACGAUUAAUCUGUAUUAGACACCCUUAUCUCUAUUAUGCUCAAUUACGGAAAAAGCAUGCUACAGUAUUUCUGUUUAGCGCAUGGGCAUUUGCGGGAUUAAUUGCUAGUCUGCCUUUGAUGGGUUUCGGUGAAAUAGUACUCCAAUAUCCAUACACUUGGUGCUUUUUCGAUUAUUAUACGGAAAACCUCGGACAUCGGGGAUUUAAUUGCCUCUUCGCUAUUUUAGCGUUGCUGACCAUUUCUGUGACAGUGACAUGUAAUGGGAUUGUCUUGUAUACGCUCUUUCAAACAAAAAUGAGAGGCAUCUCCCGCCAAAAUAGCAGAGAUUCGAGGACCUUCUCCGGAUAUAGCAGACGAUAUGCCGAGUGUCAGAUGGCUGUUCUACUUAUCGGAAUUACUGUCGUAUUCAGCUCGUGUUACCUUCCAUUAAUGAUAAAGUUUGUUGAGAUUAUCAUACGAAUACUGAUAAAUCAGACGAAACUUUUACCUGUCAACUUACGGACAGACUUGCUGAUGAUCCGAUUCGCUUCAUUAAAUCAAGUUCUUGACCCCUGGGUUUACAUCCUGCUUCGAAGGGAAGUCGUUUGGAAAGUCGCAAGUACACUCAAAAAGCUUUUUUCAAAACAAUCGAAGGAUAGUGAAAUUAAUAAAUUCAGACGACAAGAUUCGUCUGCGUCUGUUAUCCUAAUGAACGAUGUGCAAUAUUCGUGUUGUGCCUUUUGUUGGCAUUGUUUGUGCGACCCGCCGCAGACACAAAGACCAAACUUAGCAAGCUUUUACAGCGACUACCGGAGAAAUUCAUUAUAUUCACCACCAAAUAGUUCAACAAAUAAACUUGUCAUGCAAGUUAUGAGGAACGUUAUGAUUCCUGAUUCUAGUGAAGAAAAUUCUGUGUAUUCUGAUAGACGCUCACAGGUGAUAAGUGAGUUAAAAAGACAAGCGUCUCUUGAUGCAGACGUUGUUACACAGCAGCCGACACCAAAAGAUACGCGCGUUAAAUUCUAUUGUAACGGGUCAUCUUCUUAUGAGGAUCUAGAAACCCAGAUUUUAAAUGAUUUAGACGAGAAUGAUGAAUUUGAUACCAACCCUGAGGUUGAUAGCUUAUGAUAGAUAUGUAUAUUAACUCGCCACCACAUU